GAGAGAAUCAGGGCCUGAGUUUGAGUGUGAGCGCACACAUCUGUGUAUUAAACCAGGGCAGCUGCUUUUAGGUCUUCUAGAUGGGGCAAAUAGGACAAUAGAGGCUGUUGCCUUAAAAUCAGAAACAGAUGUACUUUUCUUAUUGGGAAUAGAUCUGCGAUGGAAAUAUCCAGAGAACCCCAUUCAUCUUCUGAUUUCUCCAACUUUGAGACAGAGUCCGUGCACCACACAGACAAGGAGAUUCAAGCAGAUCUGGAUCAUACUAGUAAUCUGGAAGGGUCUGAAUAUUCUUAUCAAGGAGGCAAUGUAGAAUUCAAGGACAUGCAGGCAGGAAUUGAGUUUGCUGUGCAGAUAACCCCAAUUAAAGAUUCUAAAAAGCAUAAGGAAAAGAUGGAUGCUGCAAGGGAGUCUCCAGGCUCUUCCUACUUUCCUGAUGAUAUGACAGAAAUCUUAGACAAUAAGAGUCAAGCAGAGCAGAUGGUAAUCACCACACAAAUAGAGGGCAAUGCUAUGCCACCAGAAAUAUACCCCAGGAUAGGUGAGGCCAGCAGUUUGGAAAGAAUGGGUCAUCUGAACAGAAGACAGAUCACAACCACUGAUCUUGACUUGGAGAAGAUGAGGUUGGAUGGUGCCAUGAUUAGGCUAAAAUAUAGGCAUGAAGAUAAUGAAAAGCGACGUCUGCAUGAAGAAAAAAUGGAACAGCUACGGCAAAAGGCUUCAUCUCAAUCAAUUGGACAACAGCUCCAUGAAUUAUUCCAGCCCCAGAACCAGUAUGCCCUAUUUUUUUUCUGCUUCAUCUUUAUCCAUGUUAUUUACACAGUAAGGGAGCUUGUUUUUUAUUUUAUUACAAAGCAUCACUUAUUCUGCUAUGCCAUUUUGCUGUAUCUUGGUUUCUUGAAGAUUCUCAUGGAUUACAAACAGAGAAAAAAACAACCUUGGAACAGCAGCAGACUCUAAGCAACAGAAACAAGAGAAAUAUGGUUCCCUGAAGUUUAUGUAUCUCAUCUCUUUGCCCCUACUCUUUAAAGUUUUUUAGUGUGCACAAUGAAUGCAGACUUUGGUUUGGCUGUUGAAAGAUCUGAUGGUAUCCUCUUUGUUGAAUGUUAUAUCCUGCUCUCUCUCCCCCCCCCCCUUUAAGGAUUUUUAAGACUUGUCCUCCA